AUGCAUUUCACUCGCUACCUGGCCCCGGCCGUCUUUGCGUCCGCCGCGGUCGCCGAAAAGACCUUCUGCGGUGCCCCCAACGACUAUGAGGUCCUCAUGGGCACUCCGUGGAUCGUCUACUCGAUGAACUACGCCUACCAGGCCAUCAAGGGAUCGGCUUGCACCGGCUACUACGGCACGUCCGGGUCCGGCGACGCGCAACGAAUCCAAUGGAGCAGCAUCUGGGACAUUGAUCCCACGUACCAAAAGGACGUCGUCAAGGGAUACUCCUUCAUCGGCCUGACCCAGAACCUCGAGACCAAGCUCAGUGACAUUCAGAGCAUCCCCAGCACCUACAGCUGGACUGUCUCCAACUCUUCGGCCUACAAGGGCAACGUCGUCUACGACUUCAUGACCUCCGACACCAAAGGCGACAGCACGUCCAGCAACGCCCAGGAGCUCAUGCUCUGGCUCCGCUGGGAAGGCGGACAGGUGCCCAUUGGCUGGGCCGAGGGCCCGACGGCCACGAUCGACGGGCUCUUUGGCAAGGACGGGUGGAAGCUGUACCAGGGCAAGAACACCGAUACCGGCAUCACCGUGUCUUCGCUGCUUGCUCCCACCCAGUAUGGCGACCUGGAGAAGGGCUCCUUCGAGGGAGACAUCAAGGACUGGCUCCUCGCGCUCUCCAAGCAAGGCGUCUUCUCCGAGAGCACCUACGUCAAUGUCGGAAAUGCUGGUCAGGAGCCGUACUGGGGUACCGUCACGUUCAACAACACUCUUGGCUUGAACAUCAACCUUUGA